GAUGAUAAAUAUAAAUUUUAUCAUCUGAAAAGCCGUGAUGAUGAACCAAGCAAUCAUGAAUCUAGAGGUCAUAGUAGAGACCGUGGUGAUGAACUAAGUAACCGUGAAUCUAGAAGUUGUGGUAGAGGCCAUGGUAAUGAAUCAAAUAACCGUGAAUCUAGAGGUCGUGGUAGAGGUCGUGGUG